GAAAAGAUCACCACAGCAGCCAUGGGUUCAGAACUAUCGCCGCAAGAGAAGCUUGACCUGAUUAAGCUGAAUCUCCAAGAGGUUUUAAAAUCGGAGAUUCUCGAAGAUAUAAUUAUUCGCCAAAACAGAGCCCCCGUCAUUUAUUGGGGUACUGCGUCGACCGGCCGAAUUCAUUUGGGCUACCUGGUCCCGAUAGUUAAACUUGCCCAUUUCCUCCGAGCGGGCUGCCAUAUCAAGAUUCUCCUUGCUGACAUCCAUGGCUUCCUUGACAACCUCAAAGCCCCAAUCGAACUGGUCAAUUUCCGCGCGGAGUACUAUCGCCAUUCCAUCACGGCCCUGCUCGAAGCUGUCCAUGUCCCGACAGACAAGCUUGAAUUCGUGCUCGGCAGCUCCUACCAAUUAUCGCCCAAGUACACCAUGGACCUCUUUCGUCUGAGUAGCGUGGUGACAGAGCACGAUGCGAAGAAGGCUGGUGCCGAAGUGGUGAAGCAGGUAGAUAAUGCUCCGCUAUCGGGCCUUAUCUAUCCUCUGAUGCAGGCCCUGGAUGAAGAGCAUCUGGGCGUGGAUGCGCAGUUUGGUGGAGUUGAUCAGCGAAAGAUCUUCACGCUCGCGAUGGAAACACUGCCGCGUGUGGGAUACAAGGAGCGGGCCCAUCUGAUGAAUCCGAUGGUUCCUGGGUUGGCGGGCGGAAAGAUGUCCGCGUCCGACCCGGACUCUAAAAUUGAUAUCCUGGACACUCCAGACGUGGUGAAGAAGAAGCUAAAGAAGGCGUUUGCUGCACCGAGAGAAACAGAGGGCAACGGGAUUGUGAGCUUCGUCGAAUACGUCUUACUCCCCGUGAGCGCGCUGGAGAAUCCGGAAGGAAAGGGUAAAUUUACCGUUGACAGAAGUGAGGAGGAAGGUGGGCCGUUGGUUUACGAUAAUAUUGAAUCACUCAAGGAAGAUUACAGAGCCGAUAAGCUUACACCGCAACUCUUGAAGUUUGCUGUGACGAGUGCUCUUAAUAAUCUCCUCGCACCCAUCCAAGCCUCAUUCCAGGCAAAUUCUGUGUGGCAAGAAGUCACAAAGAAAGCCUAUCCUCCCCCACCAGAACCAGAGAAGAAAAAGAAGAAAGUAAAGGACAAAGGCUCGAGACACCCGGGGGCAGCGAAGAACGUGGUUGCACAGCCCGAUGGGUCCGUUGAAGGGCCAGAAAGUAGCAAAGUUGCUGUUGGGGCUGGAGUUGAGGAUGCGAUGGAAAAAUUGGACAUGAAAAAGUAAUACGAAGAAACAUGUGUUGAAAAAGAGUUCUAGAGGCGGUGGAUAGACCUAACAUGACCACUAACGAAUCGUCAAGAUGAUUCCCUUUUUUGCUUUGUUUUUCCUAGGGCCUUG